ACCUGAUGCACCGACUCACUUAUAUCAGGAUUCUAGCUGUUGCAUCCGGACGGACACAGGUCAUACUGCCUUUUUCACCAUCGAGACUGGAGUCAGACAGGGCUGCAUUCUUUCACCAUUCUUUUUCCUCAUGAUGAUGGACUUUGUCAUGCGACGAGCACUAACACAGCCAGCGUCUGGAAUUCCGUGGACAGGCCAGGGACGCCUGACCGACCUGGAAUUCGCCGACGAUAUUGUGCUAUUGGCGCAGAAUGGGAAAGUCUUACAGGAGAUGACCACUAGCCUGGAGCACGAAGCAGCCAAAGUUGGGUUACGGAUCAGCACUGACAAGACCAACGUCAUGGCCGUCGGCCGGAUGACGCCGGUGCGGAUCACGGUGAGCAACCAGCUGAUCGAAGAAGUCAAACAGUUCACCUACCUUGGCAGCAUUGUGGCUGCGGAUGGUGGGACUAACGUGGAUGUCAAUCGCAGAAUCGGCAGAGCAUUUGCAGUCUUCCUACAGCUACAACCGAUUUGGGCUAGGCGAACUAUCCACACCAACAGCAAACUUCGCCUGUUUAAUAGCAUCAUCAUCCCAACCGCCAUCUAUGCAUCUGAAACUUGGAAGAGCUCGAGGGCAGUCAUCCACAAGCUGAACGUGUUUCAACAACGAUGCCUGAGAAGAAUACUCGGUGUAUCAUACCGUGAUCGUAUUUCAAAUGAAGAAAUUCUAAGAAGAACAAACUCCCGCAGCCUGGCAGAAAUGGUCGUAGAGCGAAGAAUGCGCUUUGCAGGACACAUUCUACGGAUGUCUGACCACCGCCACGCAAAGAUCGCGCUGCGCUGGACGCCGCCACGAGGGAAGAGAAGAGUAGGGCGGCCGCGGAAUACUUGGCGACGAACGUUCAUGGAGGAUCUACGAGCGCUCGAUGUCAAGACGGUGACCUGACAUUACCUCCAGAAAAAAGGAACCAAGCGAAUUUAGCGCAGCUGCUGCGUGAUGCUCAGGAGAAGAACAGGAAGCUGAGUGAUGAACUGAAAGAGCUGAAUCAGCGAAUAGUAGAGGUUCAAGGUGACAACAAGCUGCUGAGGAUGACCAUCGCUAAACAGCGUCUCGGUGAUGAAGAGGUCGGAGUUCGCCACUUCCUGGCCCACGAGAGAGAAGAUCUCGUACUGCAGCUGGAAAAAGCUCGAGAGCAGAAUUCGGAGCUGGAGCAGAGCGUGAAGGUGGCGAUGGACGAGCUGCAGGAUGUGCGGGCGGAAAGAAACGUGUAUCAGGAGAAAGCCCACCGCCUCAACAUCGAGCUCAACCACAUCCUGAGACACCACGACGGCCGAAUCAUGGACGUGGACGCUCUGUGUAUGGAGAACAGAUAUCUCCAUGAACGCUUUGUCCAGCUUCAGGAAGAAGUCCGUCUCCUCAAAACCAAUUUGAUGAAGUACAAGAGUGCGCUGGAGAGCAGGAAGAACUGUAAAGUGUAUGGCAAGGCCAACAGUAGUGCGCUAACAGGAGUGCUCUCAGCUAAACAAGUUCAGGAGCUGCUCCUGUCCGAGGAAAAUGGCUGCAGUCUGCCCGUGACGCCGCAGUCCAUCAGUGAUCUGAAGUCUUUAGCCACAGCGCUGCUGGAGACCAUUCACGAGAAGAACAUGGUCAUUCAGCACCAACGCCAGACCAACAAAAUCGAGACGUUUGAUGUCACGUGUAGUGAGAUCAAAUCGAUGCGUCAUGUGACCGUUUGUUGUGUGAUGAACAGGAUUCUGGGUAACAGAGUAGCGGAACUGGAAGGGAAGCUGAAAGCACUGGAGAUGUCUGGACUGUGGAGUUUGCCUGGCCUUACCUAUAACGUGUCUGUGGGACUGGGGAGUGGAAGAGAUGUGAUCAUUCUGAGUGAACACCAGCAAGUCCAGACGUCGGUGGGGCGUGCGGUCCGGCUACAGCACGGCUCUGUGGGAGACGAGGAGGUCGUGACCGGAGAGGAAGUGACCGAAGAGACGGCGCUCACUGCUGAGGAUCCUUCUCCUCCUCCUCCUCGUCAUCACCACAGCACGGUCUACGUAAAACACACACGCACACUUGAAUCCAGCGAACAUCUUCCCACAGAAACCAACACCAGCUCACAGAAGAGUCCUGUGGAGAGAGGAACGUACGGUUACGAGCCAGAAACAUCACACAGUGAUGAAGAUCUGGCAACCCGUGACCAUGGUAGCACAAGUACAACUCCAGCAGAGGACGCUGGGAAAGAGGGCGGCGCUCCAGUCACAUGUUCUGAGGAUAGUCCUGAUAUUCAGGAUGGAUCAGAGAGAGACAUGAGCAACACGUCGGUGUGUAACGCAGACUGCACAGAACCGUCUGAUCCCAGAACAGUAGAGAGUACAGAGGACGUGACGGAACCAGACACUCCAGAUCAGAGCACAUAGAACGCAGAACUCUUAAAGAGACGCUGCACUUAAACACCGGAUCAAAGCUUCUACACGUUUAUCGCGGUUUGCAAUGUUGCCACAGUAUCUUUAUUAAACAUCUGAUUUCUCCAAGACGAGAGACGAGGUGUUCAAACGCGUCUACGAUAAGAUCACGCGUUCGUAGCCUUCACGUCAUCGGAAGUCGAUUUUUUUUUUUUGUCUUGUUAACGUAUCUGUAAGAAACACUGAUCCUGCAAUAAUUCUGUCUCUUGUCCACUUUACACUGUCUGUAACGGCUCAACAGCUACAUGCUAGCUAGAUCGUUAGCUAACAGUUUACGCUAGGUGUUCAUUUUAUCCUUGGCAACUGUUGAUUUGAAACAGACUGAACAUCGGCCGCGUGGUGCGUUUACCUUCCCGUGUUGGGUACGCAGAAGUAACACGCUUUUAAAAAUUUGACACGUUAUCUCAGGUUCAUACACACUGUUGAACAUCGGGACGAUAUUUUCAAAUUUCCAACAGUGAUGUGUCGGUUGCUAACGAGUCGGCUCGUCGAAACAAAUCUUUUAGGUGAGUCGACUCACACGGGAGCCAUUUUUGUGUCGAUGUAAAUGGUUGCUUUUGCUCUUCCAGUGCAAUUUAAUCGCAAUCUUUCAUGGAUUAUAAGAUUCUAUGACAUGAAUUCAGCCAUAGUUAGAAAAAGAAGAACAGUUCCUGGUCAAAAUAUUGCAAAUGUUUUAUCAGGUGUGAGGAGUCAUUUGGGAACUGAAAGAGUCGACUCUUAUAAAGCGUUGAGAAGAGCUGAAAAUCACUCAUUUAAAAACUAACAAUCGAAACUUUUAACGAAAAGAAAAAUGGAUCUGAUCUUCGGCACAUGGAUACUACCGGUAUGUUCAUUAUUAGCAUUUUAACACAAACCAGAGGAAUGAUUUCGAUACAUGUUUAAACAUGUUCACUUUUUUCCUUCAGUGUGGAUUGAGAGAGUAAUACAUUACAUUGCAUUGCGGUAUUUGGCAGACGCUCUUAUCCAAAGCGACUUACAUUUAUCUCAUUUAUACGUCUGAGCAGUUGAGGGUUAAGGGCGUUGCUCAAGGGCCCAACAGUGGUAGCUUGGCAGAGCUGGGGCUUGAACUCCUGACCUUCUGAUCAGUCACCCAGAGCCUUUAACCACUGACCCACCACUGCCCCGUAACGCACUGUAAUACACUGAGUAUACACGUAAUACACUUCCCCGUAACGCACUGUAAUACACUGAGUAUACACGUAAUACACUUCCCCGUAACGCACUGUAAUACACUGAGUAUACACGUAAUACACUUCCCCGUAACGCACUGUAAUACACUGAGUAUACACGUAAUACACUUCCCCGUAAUACACUGUAAUACACUGAGUAUACACGUAAUACACUUCCCCGUAAUACACUGAGUAUACACGUAAUACACUUCCCCGUAAUACACUGAGUAUACACGUAAUACACUUCCCCGUAACGCACUGUAAUACACUGAGUAUACACGUAAUACACUUCCCCGUAAUACACUGAGUAUACACGUAAUACACUUCCCCGUAAUACACUGAGUAUACACGUAAUACACUUCCCCGUAACGCACUGUAAUACACUGAGUAUACACGUAAUACACUUCCCCGUAAUACACUGAGUAUACACGUAAAACAAGUGCGUAUACACGUAAUACACUGCCCCGUAAUGCACUGUAAUAAUUGCAGUCCUUGAGCAGGUUGGACUUAACUCGAGAAUUUGGUCAAAAAUGACACGUCAGCUGAGACAUGAAUGAUGUCUGGGUCUAUCAGGCUAAUGUAGCUAAUAAUUAAGGCAAGCUAACAGCUACCGGUUUAGCAUCGUCCCAACUGCGUGCAUGAUCUCUGCUUAAGACAUAAGAGGACACGCUGGAGAAGAAGUGAGUUAUUCUACCUAACGUGUCUGUCUGACACACCUUAACCCUCACGUUACGUUUUCACCGUAAAGUCACGUUGAGCGUGUUUGUGCGUCUGGUAUGAUGACAAAAUAGCUUUUCGUGUCUGUUAGAUCUUAUGAACCGCAGACAUCAGAGGGAAAGACGAGCUAAACAUUUUGAAAUGUUUACACGUUAUAAACAGGAUGUUGGCCAGAACAAGAGGAGUGUUAUGUUGCGCGUCAAACAAGAUCGGAUCACCGACAGCAGUGCAGCGCAGACACGUGCUGAAUCCCGUGUUGUGCCGUUGUAGAGAAAUAAUCAACCACGUUGAUCAUGUUCCUAUAACGGCACGCCCCCGAGUGUUUUAUUCCUCUUACAACACAGCGAUUUCACCGGCGAUUACAAUUUUUUAUUUAUUAAAACGACCACACGUACUGUCUAUCCGUUUAUAGUUCCAUUUACUGCCGCGGAACGUCCAUGAAACAAGUUCUCACUGACGUUAUAGUUAGAGCAGAUUUCCUUCCAGCCUCCGUAAAUGUUAAAUAAACGUCUCCUAACUUUCACAAGUCACUGAAGUUCUUUUUUUAAGUGGAGCGUCCGCCGCACACGUCCCUGUGAAUGAGCCGUUAAUACGGAACAUUAUCUUAAUACGCUGGAAAUUAAUUCAUUAAUUAAUUAAUUAAUCCACACCUUCUGACCAAUCAGACACCAGAAUUCAACCGCAUCGUCCUUUUAUGAGACUGUGAUGCUUUCUGCUUCAUUAAAGCAGCGUUUGUUUUACCCCUCACUGUGGUAAUAUUGUAAACCGUAUCAUAUGUAAAACAAAUAAAUAAAUAAAUCUCAGCGCACGCUGAGUUCUAGCA